GGACAUAAAGGGGCGGGGAGCCUGGAGCAGUCGUGUUGUUGUAGGAGUAACACCAAGGGGUCUAAGCUGGCAACAUGUCCUACAAAACCUCGUCACUGGUACCAGGAGACCUGGACAACCUGCGGAGAAGAUCAGUGGCUGAGUCCACAGAGAACUGUUGCGAUUCUGAGCAUCAUCACCGGUUUCCACGGCUGCAAAUCCACCCUAACCAUGGACCUCAGCAUCCAGAGAUGGGACCGAUGGCAACCCCCUCCCUGGAUGCCUCUGCACACCACUUUUGCCACUUCACACCAAAAUGCCUGCUUGCUGUGCACAGAGGGUUAUGCACAGCUGUCUGCCAUUCAGGAGCACAUUGCACCUCUCCAACACGCGGUGGAGAAGAAGGAUGGCACGACGGCACCUCCAAGGCCACAAUCAGAGCUGAGAACGAGGUUGAAGCACAUCGAGAGGCCAACAACUACAAGUUUGGCUUCAGAAAAUGGAAAGGCAACGUAACUGAGAAGCCACUUGAAGACCGAUCUGACAUCGACAAAGAGCUGCACACUGAUCUUAGCAUUGCUAGGCAUCAAGAAGUGUCAGUGGUCACCUUUGGGAACAUAGUUUAUGUGUUUUUAUUUGGCUGGUGGAUCUCCCUGUUCUACCUGCUCAUUUGUCCUGUAAUGUUUCUAACCAUCUGCGGCGCUUCUUAUGGAAAAGUUUGUUUCAAGUUGGCAUGGUAUUUUAUUUGGCCGUUUGGGAAGUCCAUACAGAAGGCUAGUAAUGUAACCAAUGGAUCUGUUGUGAUGUCAACAAACUGUGACGUCAUCCCAAACGAACGCGACAGUGAGGAUCUUAUCGAGGACAAGGACUGCGGCCCCCUUCUGGUGUCUUCUCCAAUCCCUGUUGACAUUCCUGCUCCGACUCUGCCUCCGAAGAAACCCUCGAAGCACUGGUGUCGUGUCAGCACCUACAUCUGGCUGCUGCUGGCAUACCCCGUGCUGGCCAUCGUCCACUCCCUCGCCUGUGUGCUCUCCUGGAUGCUGGUCUUCAGCAUCCCAGUAGCAAAAAUGAACAGCCGCAUCAUGACCACCGCCCUCCUCAUGGCACCAGAGGAUGUUCAGAUCCUCAAACUGGACAAGACGGUUGUGUGUGAGACCAGAGUGAUCUUGUGCUGCUACCAUGCCUUUAACGUGUAUUACUACAAAUACACCGUCCAAGGAAUCAACAUCUUUGCUCUCAACCUGCUACCUUUGGUAUUUAUGACCUUGACUGUCGGCUACUCUGACCGACAGCAUAAAUAUGUCAGCGCAGAAACAAUGUUUACCAUAGCCAUCACUUCCAUUAUCCCCCUGUCCUACUACAUUGGUAUGGGAAUAGCCAGCCUUUCUGCUCAGAGUAACUUUGCAGUGGGAGCAGUGGUGAAUGCAACAUUUGGCUCCAUCACGGAGAUGACCUUCUACAUCACGGCGCUGCUGCGGGGGCACCGCGCCUCCACCAAAUGUUACGAGGAGAUUGUGAAAGCUGCCCUCACCGGGACGCUGCUCGGAUGCAUCCUCUUCAUUCCUGGCAUUUGUAUGACUAUUGGAGGCAUUAAACACAGUGAGCAAAGAUUUAACAGUCGCUCUGCUGGCGUGAGCUCUGCUUUGCUCUUCAUCUCCAUUGGCGGUGUGUUUGCACCCACCCUCUUCUCAAAGACUUUUGGUAAUCUGGUUUGUGAGAGCUGCUCCAACACCUCAGGCAACUCCAGCAUCCCCUUCAUCUGCAAGGACUGUCACUACUACACGCAAAGUGAAACGGACCCACAUUUGAUCCUGUCCAGCAUCGAGCCUCUGGUGUACACAAUUUCUGUUCUGCUGCCUGCUUCCUAUCUGAUUGGCCUCAUCUUCACACUGAAGACCCACUCGCACAUCUACGAUAUUCAAAUUAGCGAUUGCCACGGGGGCCACACAAAUGCAGCAGGUCACCAUGUCGUCCACUGGUCUCGAUGGAGGGCUCUGGUCGUGCUGAUCGUCGCCACGGUGCUGAUGACGUGCUGUGCGGACCUCUGCACUGAAAACAUUGAGCCCAUCCUGACUCAUUCCUCCAUCUCCCAGUACUUCAUCGGUGUCACUGUGAUCGCUAUGGUGCCAGAAAUUCCUGAGAUAAUGAACGGAAUCCAAUUUGCGCUGCAAAACAACAUCAGCCUGAGUCUUGAAGUAGGAAGUUGUAUUGCUGUGCAAGUCUGCAUGAUUCAGAUUCCACUCCUCAUCCUAUUUAAUGCGUUCUAUGAUGUUGGUUUUGUUCUCGUGUUCAGCGAUGUUCACCUCUGGGCCAGCAUCUUCAGUGUCAUUCUGGUUAACUACAUCUUCAUGGAUGGAAAAUGUGACUACUUUCAGGGCACGGCUCUUGUGGUGGUUUACUUCAUCCUUUUAGCCCUUUACUUCUUUGCUCCUUCUCCUCGUUCGUGUUGAUCCGUCAGGCUGGUAUUUGUUCACCAUUAGUUCAUUGUGGGGUGGUUCAGGUUUGGUGACACAAGAUGGACAGGAUUUUGUUACUGGAGCAGAGAAAAGGGAUGUCUGGUUUUGACACGUUCUCAUUCUUGCUGCUUUGUGACUUUGAUUACAUGUAAUUUGAAAUCCUGAUUUAAUGUAAUAAAUGCAUCAUUGAUUAAAAGUGUAAAAAUUAA